ACUAAAAAUAAUACACGGAGUGUUAUCGUACUGCAGUACAUCUAAGAUAAAACAUAUAAACAUAUAUAAACGCAUUCAUUGUGACAUGUUAUUUAACAUCUUUGUUAAUCCCUACAGACAUGCUAAAAAUCGACUAUCUAAUAUUAGUCAAUCUUAUUAAAACUUCAAUUGGGGCGAGUUAAUCAAGCGUGAUGAGUAUCAAACUUGCACAAGCGAGUCCAUUUAAGUGUGGUAAAUGGAGGGUACUGUGUUUUAUCUUAACAUGCAAAAACCAGUUCUACACGUGACAUAAUAUUUUUUUUUUUUACAUAUGAUUAUCAAUGUUUUUCAGUUGGUCGAGUUUAAAAAUAAACUUUUGUCCUCAUUUUUUAUUCUCAGAAAUAGCAAUGUUUUAUAUUAAGCAGUUUUAUUACAUAGUUUUGUUAUCAACAAUAAGUAAUUUUAUUCUUCCGCUAGUUUUUAGAAGUGACAAUUGAGUCGGUCAGUUUAUUAGGUGAGCUCUUUAUUGUUUAUGUUCAAUUGCAAUGUAUAUUAUUCUGUAUAGAAAACAACAAUUUUUAUGUCCUUAAAAAAACUCAACAAAUUGGUUAAGAACAAAAAUAUAUCGGUAAAAUAUAGCACACAAAUGUUAUGAAUAAAAUUGACUUUGAAGAAAUUAAAUUCUACUUAAAUAAUCAAAGGCAGAAAUAUUUUGAUGUGAAUCAAGUUUUUUAGCAAAUGCAGAUAAUAUAUUUUUGAAAUUGGAUGUUUCAUAAGAUAUUAAUUUAAGCAUAAAGAAAUUAUUUUAAAGCAUUCUUUGUUUUUCUUAUAUUAUGAUGGAAGAGAAUGAUUCUUUUACAAAUAAUUCCAAAUGUUCAAACGUUGAUGGAAAAAAUAAUAAUUUCAAAAGAAAAAGGUCUGCAUUGUUUAAUUACACUGAAAUUGAUAGAUUUAAUCAAAUAUCAUUAAAUAAUGCUAGCUAUAUUCAAGAAAAAAAUUGUGAUUUUGGUAGUUACAAUCAAUCAAUUAUAUUUGACAGUACAUAUGACAGUUUUUAUAUUGAAGAUAAAGAAAAUGUCAAUGACGUAAUAAAGGAUAUAAUAGAUGAUAUCAUUGUUGCAGUUGAAAAUAAUUACAUGUUAUGUAUUCAAAAGAAUGAUAAUGAUUUUAAAUCAAAAAGUAAUAAUGAGAAAAACCUAAACCUCUUGAGUUCUGUAAAUAAAGAUCAUAAUUAUAAUAUUAAAGAAGCUAAAACUGAAUAUGCUAAGAUUGAUGUAUCAUUACAUGAUGCAACAUUGAAGAAUCAAUCUGAUAAGGAAAAUAGUUUAGAUAUAUCUCCUAUACAAUUAAAACAUAAUUUAUUCAAUUCUACUCAUGAAUGUGAUAUGGAAUCUAAUGUUAAAUCCUAUAAUGUAUUUUCUAAAUUCAAUCUAUCAAAAUUAUUCAAAAGUGAUUAUAGUUUAUUUCAUGAUUCUAUGGGAGAUGAUUUUAAUGCAAGUCCCAUUAUGUUUCGGGAAGAUUUAUAUAGUUCUAAUAUUUCCAAUCAUGUUAUAGAAUAUAAUUCAAAUAGUAAUCUUCAUCAGUGUCAUCUUAAUUUGGUAAAUAAAACAAGUCUAUCAUUUUUUUCUCCAACAGAUUUUUAUUUUGGGACACCAUCGGUAAAAUUGUUAAAUGAAGAUUAUGAGUUCACCAAAAAAAACUUCAAUGAGAAGCAAUUUAAUGAGUCCAAUAUAUCUACAAAAUAUUUAAGUCAAUGUAGUAAUAGUUCUCAGGAUUUAUCUACAGCUAAAUGUGAUUUAAACUAUGAUUUGGAAUACAAUUGUGAAUUACAUAUGGACAUAGACAAUAAUAAAAUAGAUUCGCAUGAUGAAACCAAAUUAUAUGAUUAUCCUAUUUUUAGAUCAGAUGAUGUAUUUGAUGUGCAAACUAAUUUAAAUAGAACUUAUAAGAGUAUAAAUGAAGCAUCAGAUCAAAGUUAUAAAAAUAAAAUGAAAAUAAAUGAUGCUUUUAUUUCGGGUUUUUAUUUCGGAUCACAGCAAAUACCGGACUAUUUAUCUAAUAAUUCUACCAUUUCCAAUGUUAUUACAAAUUUUCAUGAAGAAUAUAAUGUUGAAUGUACAAAACCUGAUACAAGUGCUAAGAGUUUUCAUAAUCAAUCUACAUUUUGCAAAUCUCAAAUAAUGUGUGAUAUAAUAGAUUUAACCCAACCAAUAUUUAAUCAACAUAAAAACGAUUCAGAAAGCACAUUAUUAGUUACACAUCCUCUUGUAAGUAGCAAUACAACAGUACAGUUGGCAGAAAAUAAUCAUAUGGAUUUGGAUAUGUCUUCUUCAUCAGAUGAUGAUUCAGUUGUAUUUAGGCCAUCAAAAAAUGAUUUAGUUAAAUAUGGUGUAAACAUAGAAGAUACAAAAGAUAUUGCAAGCAGUAUAUUUUUAAAUGAUAUAUUAAAUAGUUCUUAUGAACAAAGCGAUACUAGUAAUGGAUUAAAUAGUGUUAAAGUUCAUAAUGAUGAAACAUUCAAUGAAUGUAACAGUGUAUUAAUAAAAAAUAAAACAAUUGGAUUGCUUGGCAGUUCAACUCCUCAAAAAGUAGCUAAAUGUCAAGCUUAUAAACCAAGGUUGAAAUCCACAUGUGUUCUAAGUUCUAGCUGCUUAUUCAAGAAUAUUAAUGAUGAUCAAGAAUCAUUGAUAAAUUGUGAACUAAGUAGUAUUGAUGAAGAAUCUGAUGAGGACGAGAAUGAUUAUAGAAUCAAACAUUUUAUUAAUUGUAGUAUGAAAACAAAUUCCGAUAAUGAUCUUUCUUCUAGUGAGCUAUCUAAAUCCAUCAACUCUAGUAUUAUGUCAUCUAAAAGUGUUGAUAAAUCAUAUUGUUCUGGAAAUAACUCGUCUUACCAUUCAAUUACUGAUAGAACUAGUAAAUUUGGGAAAAGAUCCAAGAGUAUUAAUAAUGAAAAUUCAAAUCCCAAGAUUAAAGAGUUUCUAAGUAAAGUACUUUCUUCUAAAAUGGAUUCCGAUGAAAAAAAAAAAAAUAGAAGUUAUUUGUCUAAUGGCAGUAAUAAAUUAAAUAUUAUGAAUUUAAGUACAACCGAAUUAAAUAACCUUCAUGAUAUUAAAAUAAAAGGUUUAUCUGAUGAAGAGGAUACUGAAGAAAAGAAAAUUGUUUGCCCUGAUAUUCCUCUAGUUGUUUCAGAAUCAUUAAAUGUCAAUAAAGUUUUAGGAAAAAAGGCAGCAUCUAAUAUAAAUUUAAAUGCAAUGGGUGAUAAAGCUCUUAGCACCUACCAUGCACAACAAAUAUUAAUAUUUGAUGUUUUGGAAAUGCUACAUAAGUCUUUGGAAAGUCGUCCAACUGCAGACAUAUUUUUAGAUGAUCCUCAAGGUUUAAAUUUACCUCUCAUGGAACAUCAAAAACAUGCCAUUGCUUGGCUAAUGUGGAGAGAAAGUCAAAUACCACAUGGUGGAAUAUUAGCUGAUGAUAUGGGAUUAGGUAAAACGUUGACAAUGAUUUCAUUGAUUUUGAAAGAUUCCAAAACUAACCCUGGAAGAAAUUAUCAAAGUGUUUCUAAUGACAUAGAUAGAAAUAAAUUAGUGGUAAAUGGAGGGACAUUAAUUGUUUGUCCAGCAUCAUUAAUUAACCAAUGGGAGUUUGAAGUUUUAACUAAAUUGAAGACUAAUACAUUAAACAUUAUCCAAUAUUAUGGAUCAAAUAAAAACUUGACAGAGAAGAAUCUCUUAGAAAAAGAUAUUGUAAUUACAUCUUAUCAAAAAGUUAUGUGGGAUUACAAAAUCAAGGAUUAUAGUCCCCUGUUCAAAAUUAAGUGGAAACGUAUUAUACUAGAUGAAGCACAUGUUAUAAGGAAUUAUAAAAGUCAAACAUCUUUUUCUGUUUGUAGUUUGUCUAGUAUUUAUAGAUGGGCAAUUACUGGAACACCUAUACAUAAUAAAGAAGCUGAUUUCUUUACUUUAUUGAAAUUCAUUGGCUGCCAUCCUUUUGAUGACUGGAAUAUUUGGAAACGUUGGGUUGAUAAUAAUGAUGAAGCUGGUAAGCAUAGAUUAUCUUUGUUAGCUAAUGUGUUAAUGUUAAGGCGUACUAAAAUUGAGCUUGCUAAGCUUACUUCAUUUAGAAUACCAUGUAAAAGUUUUCAUGUUGUGCCUGUAAAAUUAUGUAAAGAAGAAAAAGAAGUUUAUGAACAGUUAUUGCAGUUCUCUAGUACAUUAUUUGAAAAAUAUUUAACAGAUAAAGCAAAACGUGAAAAUUUUAUUUAUAAUGAUGACUAUCACAUUAAUAAAAAUAGAAAAUAUUUAGAUGUUUUAGAAGCAAAACAUGGAAAAGAUAAUGUUUUUAAAGGUCAUCCAGAACUUCAAAAAUUGUUUCAACAGCUUAAAAACAUUGAAGUUGUUCAAACUUACCAUUUUAUAGUAUUAUUAUUACGAUUGCGUCAAAUAUGUUGUCAUCCAUGCCUAAUAAAAGGAAAAAUUGAUAAAAGAGAAUUUAUCAAAAAUGAAGGUAUAGAAAAUCGUUAUAUAAAAGAUUUAGGUAAAUUCAAUCUUGAUGAAGAAAAAAAACUCUUUGAUAAAAAGUCUGAUGUAAUUCAUGAAAGUAAAAUAUUUGAAGAAUCUUGGCUAAGUUCAAAAAUAAAAGCUGUUUGUGAAUUUGUUCAAGAUAAAGUUUUAAAUACAGAUGACAAAGCAAUUAUUGUUUCGCAGUGGCCUAGUAUGUUGUAUCUCAUUGAAAAUCAGUUAUCUAAAUAUAAUGUCAAUAUGGUAAUGUAUUCUGGAGCAGUCCCAGUAAAAGCAAGAAGUAAAUUGGUGAAUGAAUUUAAUAAUCUUCAUUCAGGACCAAAAAUCAUGUUACUCUCUUUAACUGCGGGUGGUGUUGGCCUAAACUUGGUUGCUGCUAAUCAUCUGUUUCUUGUAGAUAUACAUUGGAAUCCUCAACUAGAAGUUCAGGCUUGUGAUCGUAUAUAUAGAGUAGGCCAAAUGAAGCCAGUUAAUAUCUACAAAUUUGUAUGUACAGAUACUAUAGAAAUGUCUAUUCAAGCUCUUCAAAAUGCUAAACUCGAAAUUGCUGAAAACUUAUUUAAUGGAACUAAUAAAGUGGCAGCCUCAAAAAUUUCCUUAAAUGAUCUCAUGGAAAUAUUUAAAGUCAAAUCAUUUAUUUAUUAAUUGUUAAUUAAUAUUGAAUAAUAUUUAUAUUUUUUACCAAAGUAUGUUAAAGAGUAAUAUUAUUUGUUAAAUAUGUUCACUUUUUGAAUCUAUUUUGUGAAUUAUUCAAAUAAUUAUUUUUAUAUAAAUUUGAUUUAUGCUUAUUUUGAAUAUUUUUCACCUUUUGUCGUGGAUACUUAAGUAUUUUUGUAUUGAACAUUUAUUUUUAAUUAUUUAUAAUUUUAUACUGCUGAUGAAUGUUGUUUAAAGUGUAAACAUACUCUUAAAAAGAAGUUAUUAAUUAUUAUUUAUUUAUUUGUAUUAUUAUAUGAAAAAAAAAUUACUUGUUGAACGAUAUAAACUCAUUUACAAUUUUUCUUU